CUAACCCGGAAAAGCGAGCUGGGUGGAUACUGGAUAGUCUAUUUUUCAGGAAAACAUCUUUAUCUAAGAGUGAAGGGAAAAAGUGGAAAAGCAACAGAUCUGAGGGGCGUUUUAUGUUGUCGAAUAAAAUCUGAAUCGUCUCUCAGGAUAAUUCGUGCUGUAGGGGAUGCUGGGGGUGGCAGAGAUGACGGGCAGCAACAUGGCCAAUGCCCUGGCAAACGCCUCGUGCGAACGGUGUAAAAGCGGCUUUGCCCCGGCGGAGAAAAUUGUCAACAGCAAUGGCGAGCUGUAUCACGAACAGUGCUUCGUCUGCGCCCAGUGUUUCCAGCAGUUUCCUGAAGGACUCUUUUACGAGUUUGAGGGAAGGAAAUACUGUGAGCAUGAUUUCCAGAUGUUGUUUGCUCCCUGUUGUCACCAGUGUGGAGAGUUUAUAAUUGGGCGUGUGAUUAAGGCCAUGAAUAACAGCUGGCACCCUGACUGUUUCUGCUGUGAUAUCUGCCAAGCCGUGCUCGCCGAUGUUGGAUUCGUCAAGAACGCCGGCCGCCAUCUCUGCCGUCCGUGUCAUAACCGCGAGAAAGCUCGCGGCCUCGGGAAGUACAUCUGUCAGAAGUGUCACGCCAUCAUUGAGGAACAGCCCCUCAUUUUCAAAAAUGAUCCCUACCAUCCCGAUCACUUCAACUGCAGCAACUGCGGUAAGGAGCUGACUGCGGAUGCUCGCGAGCUGAAAGGUGAACUCUACUGCCUCCCCUGCCACGAUAAGAUGGGUGUGCCGAUCUGCGGAGCAUGCAGGCGCCCAAUCGAGGGCCGUGUGGUCAAUGCCAUGGGCAAACAGUGGCACGUCGAGCAUUUUGUCUGUGCCAAAUGCGAGAAGCCUUUCCUGGGACACCGUCAUUACGAGAGAAAAGGUCUUGCUUACUGCGAGACUCACUACAACCAGCUCUUUGGUGAUGUUUGUUACCAUUGCAACCGUGUGAUCGAAGGAGACGUGGUGUCGGCUCUGAAUAAGGCUUGGUGUGUGAAUUGCUUCUCGUGCUCGACCUGUAACACCAAGCUCACUCUCAAGAACAAGUUUGUGGAGUUUGACAUGAAGCCAGUGUGUAAGAAAUGUUACGAGAAGUUUCCUCUGGAGCUGAAGAAGAGACUCAAGAAGCUCGCAGAGACCUUGGGCCGCAAGUAGAUCUCCUCGCCAUCUUUGGUGCUUUACGAAUGAAUGGAGACCAAACUAAAUCUGGAUCGCAUUUCAUUUCGGUCUUACUUUAUCGUUCUUAAACGUUUUUUCCAUGAUAAAGUAGCCUGCAGAUUUUCUUUGGUCUCGUUCUAACAGAUUGUUCUUGUGUCUUAACACAAUGCAACCAAAACCAAAUACUUUUAUAAUGUUUAUUGAUAUAUACUCGCACGUUUCUGAAGAUAAUGCUAGUUGUAGUCACACUGUUCAGAGCAUGUUUUUGACAUCUGUUGCCUCAUAUGCAUAUCAAGGCUGAAACCCUUCAUGUGUCCGACCCUGUGUCCGACUUUGAUCUGUUGAUCUAAGAGUUGUAUUUGAUAUUUAAUGUAUGCUCAAUCCUCACAUAUUUCUGUCAGACAGGAUCAAAAGUUAAUGCAUGAUGUAAUGAGUCUGGAGGAACACGACAACCUCUGAACCAAACUCUUCGCUCGACUGAACAAAGCGCUCAGGCUGUGUAAUCUCCUCAACUUAAAUGAUCUUGCUUUAUUAAAGCCCUUGCCUUGUUCUCGAAAUAUGCAAUAAAUGACACCACUUAUAUUUCUUCUAAGAGGUUUAUGAACUGUUGACUGUCGCGCAUCAUAACAUCCUUGUUGUUUUUUUUUCAUUUUGUUUUAUAAGUUUCGUUCCUUAUUUUUCUGCAGAAAAAAUGCCUUUUAUACUCUUCAAAUUUAAUGAACUCACCCCUUGUGUUUUUUUUAUUUACAUUGACUGCAUUUACUAUUGAUUUAUGUAACGAUGGACUGAACUUAAACAUGAUUUGACUGUCCUCGUAAUGGUUGAUUUCGUCAUCUAUUUUUAAGUAUGAAAGACGUUAAAAAACCUCACUACAUUUCUACUCUUCAUUAUAUUUGUGUGUUUGUGCAUUUAGCUACAGUAUGUGCUGAUUUUUAUGGGGUUUUUUUUUAUUUCCUUUUAUUACAGUCAGACAUUUCAUUUGAAUUUAAAGUUAUAUUUAGACCCAUAGCAAAACUAGUUUAUGCAUUCACAGAAUGACGCAUUUUGGCAAAAUAUGCAUUAAUAUGCUUGUUGGCAGCUUUUAAAUAAAUUACACUGUUCUGUACGAAAUAUAUUAAUAAAGUAUGCACUAUUUCUGAUUUCA